CAUGCCGAUAUAGCGAGAUCGAAAUUGUGCUGUCCGUAACAGUAUUUGAAUUUAGAACAAUUUGAAUAAAAUUUGCACAAUUGGAGCGUACAAGAAUUAACCGGAAAUGGCUCGUUAUCAUCGCUUUUUUCAGUAUUUAUAUAUACAUCGAGCACAUCGGGUCGUCACAUCUUCGAGAUGUGAAGUGGAAACUUUGAUAUUCGAUAUUGCAUAAAAAAAAUUACGAUCGGUCCUUUCUACGUAUUUUAACCAUAGUUUCUCAAAAUGCAAAGAAUUUUGUCCCGUGUGUUGUAACGUGUAAGAUAUAAAAAAGUAAUAGAAGCAAUCAUCUAACAAAAUGUUGAAAAUUACGAUACUCCUUGGUGUGUUCGACAUUAUUCGAUGCGAGAUGCAGACAACAAGAUUGGAAAGGACUAUAAGCGAGGCGCCGUCUUGCAGUAAUCCGCCUCUGUGUUAUUUAUCGGAUAUGUACAAAACGGAGUCGAAAAGCGUACCGUUUCUACAUUAUCCGAAUUUUCCGAAUAUGCGUAAACAGCAGUUGAUUCAACGCAGUUACUACGGCGGAUUCGGCUCACAUUCCGCAUCGCCAGCUUAUUACCACGCCUUUGAUCCCAUCAGCGUGUUAGCGUCACUGGCGUUUCUAGCAUUUCUAUUGCAAUCAUUUGCUACACUUUUUGAGCGUUCACGAUCUAUCUUGCCGACGAUAAUUAGCGGCAGACAAUCGGACGUGGACUUGGAAGUUCCGGAUAUUUCAAAACACGUGUCGCAUGCUUUGCAGAAAUACGUGAGUAUUCCAAAGUUGCACAUGAUAGCUGAGUAACAAGCAGAGUAUAAUGCAUGGUGAAUGUGAUGCUUUCAGGAGAAUCUCAACGAGGACUUGAAGAAGAAAUAAUUGAUAUUCAUUUUUUACACGCAUAGGGCAAUGUCGUUUUUCCAUACGUACGAGCGAUCUUUAGAAAUUGCCGUAAAUAAUUUAUUCUUUCCUUAAUACAUACAGUUAAUCGACAUUCUCCACAUAGCAGAUACUUAUUGUCAAUACAUAAAAAUUCUAAUUUAAUUUUUGUAUCAAUUUUUACUUAUGUGAUGCAAAUCUUUAAACAUAAGUUUGGUACAUUUUAAUAAUAAAAAUGCACUCCCUCUCUUUCUUUUUAUUUCUUUGGUGAUAGAUAAUUUACAUUAAUUUUGCACAAAAUUAUAUAAUGAAAUUUCUGCAAACAAUAAUGAAAUAAAGAUUGCACACAAUUGAGUGUAUCCCGCUUUAUCUCUGUAUCGUUUCGUCAAUCUUGAAUAAAUACUUUAAAGAGAUAUUACAUCACACAGAAAUACACAAUAUAACUGACAAUUACGAAUUUGUCAUUUUAACUUUU